AUGGAUCGACCACCACGCAAGAGUCGUCGAAGCUCGAUUCUGAAAGUACGGCAAACGGAGGUAGUUUCGGAGAAAGUCACUUUGGAAGAUGACACUACCAAACAAGUUAUGAAACGACGUGUCAGUUUUCAUAAUGUGAAGACCGUGCAAAAUUUUGAAAAGGACAACCUAAAUCUACUGGAUGGGUCACCGUUCAGGGAGAAAAUUCAGGAGACGAUGAGUUCAGACGGAAUUUUGACUCCUGGAAAAGGCCAUAUCACACCGACUCCUCCCCCAGACACAAGCAAACGCUUAGAAGUCUCGAACUUCGGAGAUAACACUAUGCUCUGCUUUGGAGAGUGUCCUCCAACGGCUCGACACUUGGAUUCUGAUGAAGUAACGAAACAUACAUCUGUAGACAUGUCUAUAUGUGAUACAACAUUUCGGCAAGAAACUCCCUCUCCGGUCGACAUGUCACUGUGUCAGACAACUUCGGGAGAGGAGCUUGUACCCUAUCAACCGAGUGGGAGUCGUUCCAACAACACACAAUACGGCUGCGUUGACAUGUCCUUCAGCACUACAGCUGCCGGAUCGGUUGAUGACACACUGGCAGCACUGGAAGGGGUGCUAAAAGGUGCUGAUCGCCACUCCAAAAGCUAUGGCGUCGCAAACGCUACCAUCAACGUCUCGAAAUUCGAGCGUACUGCAAAUGACACAUUUGCUUGUUUGAACACCCAACCAGGUCAGCCGAUAUCGGGUCUGCGAACUCCACUCUUGAGAUCAAGCAAUUCCGACAAGUCGUCCAUUUCGACUUUCAACGACGACACUGCACUUGUUUUUGAAACAAAAAGUUCUUCUAGGACAGAGAAUCUCAAACAGCAACCCAACAGUGAAUCAAACACUUCCUCGUUCAUGUCACAGUCUGCUGAUGAUUGCAUUACAAUGAAUGUUUUCGAAUGCUUGAAGCCUAGUCCUGGCGUCGAGGGUGUCUCGAGGCGUCAUGAUCGACCUUGUGAGGUGGUAUCGACUUGUGAGGAGAACGAAUCGCUAAAUUCUACUGAUAUGGAUGUGACAAAUACAAUUUUUCCGCAGAUCAAUGAAGAGGGCAGCGAUGCUGACAUGGACAUAAGCAGUGGAACAGUCAACCUUGUCACCUCUGAGGCAUCUCUGACUGCUAAGGACCAGCCUCGCACAUCUCGAAUACAUCGCACAGACUCAUCUUUUACUGGAAAAAGUCGGAUAUCAUCAUCGUCGGCCACUAGUGGUUUCUAUUGCCCAAGUCCACCGGCAAAUACAACAUCAACGUCUGUCGGUGGUAGUUUUCACUGCCCUAGCCCGCCGGCAAAUACAACUAUUACCAUCCAUACUGAAACACGAACUACUGCUACGAAGGACAAGUCUGGAACUAUCAAUUUGUUCACAACGCCUGACAAGUCAAUGGUCUCAAUGAGGCGGGAGGACUCUGUACUGCUAAAGUCUCAUUUGAGCCCUAUUAACCAAUCGAAAAAUGAGAGCAGACGCACAAGAAGUGAGUCGACACAAGACGUCACCGAAUCAGAAGGUAUAGAAAUCCAGCGACGGGCAGAUCUAUCUAGUUACCCUGUUGGAGAGCACUUGGACAGUGAAACGUUGCUGCAAAGUAAGAUCACCGAACGUUCGACAAUCCUUCGGAAUGACGUUGCUCUCGAUCGCGAUGAGGGGAUGGACGUAACAUACGAGUGCGAGAAAAGUUCAUCAAUGGCAGCUGUUUCUGCAAAUACAUUCAUUCAUGAACCCAUGGAAGAUGUACAGGAACAGAAAUUUGAAGUCAAAUCGAUGAGAGAAGAAAACGUCGGUGGAAACACAGUAUUGGCUGAGACUAUGCGAACAUUAGAUGAAAACGUUGAGAGAUCAAUGGUUUCCAUGGAUCAUACCAACAAUCGGACUUAUUCUAUUGAUGGGUCACUCAACGAAACAAAUAUAACAAGAAGAGAUGUCUCCAUCAUGCCAAUAGGGAGUAGAUUCCGGACGUCUACUUCGUCACGUGACGAUACAGUUUUGUCUCUUCGUUCGUUGCGUGAUGAAACAAUAUCUGUGAGCCAAAGAAUGAUGUUCGACUCGCAGUCCUUGCAGGUGAAAUAUCUCGAGCCCGCUGAUGAUCAGCCCCAAAGUAAUCUGAUUCGUGAAGAAAUCUUGAGCGAUCUACAGGGAAAGUUACUAGAAGUCAAAGAAAAAUCCGCAGCUGAGAUAAAGGAGUUGCUGCCCAAACUACAAGCAGUUUUCCCAGCUAAAGCCGAUGCUGUGAUAAACAUGGACAUGAGAGCUUUGAGCUUGGAUGAUGGAGAUCUGCUUAUGUGUAGCCGAAUGCGUGCUGAAAUUGAAUGGGCCGAAACCCGAGCCAAGAUUGCUGAAGAGGCGCGAUCCGUGGUUGAGCAACUUAUCGCAAAUGAUGAACCGGAUUUGAAGAGGCUAGAGGAGGAUGUCCAGCUGUGUCGCUGUGUGGAUGAACUUCAGAGAGAAGUAAAUGCUCUUCAAGAGGAACUUGAAGGUGUGCCGUCUAUUGAAGAAGUUAAGCAAAUUAUUGAAGAGGAUAAACAAGCUGCUAGAGAAGAAGAAGAACUGGAAGAUCAAAUAUUGGAAUUGGAAGUCAAGCAACUUCGCCUGGAACUCGAAGCGAUCAAACUGAGAAACAAACAAAUCAACGAAUCAAAUGCGGAAUUGAACGAGUGGUUAGCUGUGUUGGAACGGAACGAUGCAAGAGUACGAGCCCUCACCCAACAAAUCCAAAAUGACAAUAUGGAUCAAGGAGAAGAAGUAUCAUGGCGAGCACCACGUGCUAUUUUAUUGAAGCACCGCAAGACCUCCGUGAAGACUGGAUUCACCAGGGCCAGUCUACGCUUCAUACAAGCUUAG